GCUCACAUUCAUCGACGAUGGCGCCGGAAUUUUUGCUAGCUCAAGCUAAAACAUCGUGCAAGCGAUGUCACCGACGGAAGAAGAGAUGUGAUCGCAGUCUGCCCCAAUGCAGAAGCUGCAGCGGGGCUCAAGUCUCGUGCAGCUUCCUCGAUGAUGACCGCGUGGUGGCAUCUUAUCCCGUCAUAUAUGUGCGCAGUCUCGAGGCGAAAGUCCAUUCCCUCGAGAAGGAACUUGAAUCACUACGGCCUCCAAGAGGAAGGGUGCCAGACUCAGAAACGCGACUCUUAAACCUGGAUUCAAGUGACAUGCAGAUGACCACAGGUCAUGAAGAUGCCAACGCAAACGGCACGAGCAUACCUUACGAGCCCUCGCCUGACCAGCUGCCACUCUUGCAGUCCUCUCCUUCCUUCGUCGAAGAGCUCAAGAUCCUCUCCUUUGAAGCAACGGCUGAUCGUCAUCUUGGAUCUUCGUCUGGCCUCUCUUUCGCCAAGUUGACACAAACCGUCCUCCGGCGUCUGAAUCCCGACAAGGCUGACUUCAGCUUCACCAAUCUUGAGACCGAAGAUGACAUGUGGCCGCAGUUAAACUUUUUCUCGACUUCGGACCUUUCGGAUUCAUCACUGUUCGGUGGAUUCCGGGACCCCUUCAUGUGCUAUCCUUCGAUGCUUGAUGGAUUCUCCCCAACUGCGCCAGCCGAGCCCACCUCCCUCCCAGAGCAAACAGUUUCGCUUGAAAGCAGUCAUGUUGACCAGCUCAUAAGGUUCUACUUCGCUCACUCCCAUACGUUGUACCCACUUAUCCAUCGUGAGGAAUUUGAUAAGAUACUAGAUCACGUUCGAGCGGAUCCUCUGUGUGCCUUAGCCCAGUCAUCCCUAUGUCAGUUCCGCAUAUGGAUGGUUCUUGCCAUCGGAUCAACAGCGCAAUGCUCAGUCACACUUUCAGAUGAGUCAGAAUCAACGAUGUACUAUAACAAAGCACUUGAACACUUUGAAGGUGCUCUUAAUUAUGGAUAUAUGGCCGCGUUGGAAGUUGUGCUUUUGCAAGUGUCUUAUUCUUUUUUCAACCAACUUGGGCCAAAUACAUGGACUUUGGUUGGUCUCGGCGCACGUAUGGCGAUUGGAUUGGGCAUGCAUGCCUCCUCAACCUACGAAGGCCUACCAGCCGACGUGUCUGAGAAGCGGAAGAGGCUCUUCUUUUCCGUCUAUAUGAUGGAUCGCGUGGUCUCAAUAGCUCUCGGCCGUCCAUUUGCCAUCAAUGACGAUGAUGUUGACGUGACGCCCUUCACAGCGGUGCACGACAACAGCGUUGGGGCGGAAAGCAACCCGCUCGGGAACUCAUUCAAGUCAUCUGCGAUGGCCGUCCCCCUCCACAUUCUGGAACUGCGGCGGGUUGCCAGCGAUAUUACGACUUCAGUCUAUUCGCACCGAAAAUCUGCCAGCCUGAGUGUUGAACAGCGCGAAGAAGUAGCAGGGUCACUUCACCAGAGACUUCUCGACUGGCGUCGUAAUAUGCCCUUCCCCCUUCCAAACACCGACGCGGCAGUACCACACCUCAACAGCAGCUGGUAUGACUUCAACUACUACCUUCACCUUGCCAUGUUAUAUCGACCAUCUCCAUUGUUCCCGACUCUGACACAAAGCCGUGUAAAAAUGCUAGCGGAAGCUGCUUCCAUGUCUAUUCGGCAAGUAUCCAACAUGCACCGACAACAGUGCCUUGCCUACAAUUGGCUCAACCUUCUCUCAAUAUUCACCGCAACUUUGUGCCUGAUAUACGCCACAACUGUCCAGCCAGAUAACCUAGCCUCUGUUUUGAAGGACAAGAGAGCAGUGACCGACCUUGACUUGACUAUUGAGCUAUUUGACAAGCUUAGCGUCAAGUUCCCUGUGGCUGGUAAGAUACGCCGGAUGGUUGAACAGAUAUCUAUUAGAUACAAGGAAAUGAUAGAAGUUGGCAAGGCGUGAGCUGAUCAGCCAAGAAACCAGCUACUUACUAUUUAUUGCAAUCUUUUUCAGUCAAUUUUAUAGGUAUGGAUGAUGUCUAAGUUACCAGCAGUGAUAAUUGAUUGGUGGGCGGCCUGUCCGACACGGAUGAUAAGCCUCCAGGCUGAGGGGUCGGGUCAACCGAUGAUUAAUCGCCACAUCGUUAUUCGACCCCCGACCGACAUGGUCGCAAUUGAGGCUAAGAUAGAUAUAUGGGAACUUUCCGCCAA